AUGCUCUUACCGGAUUUGCAGGAGAUCAGCGAUUUUCCCUAUGAUGUGGGGAGCGAAGUCGAGGAACUAAAAGCUAGGGCGCGGGACUGGGACGUUCCGAUUGAUUGGAGUUUUGUUCACGAGGGAUGGACCAGUAAGCGGCCGGAGAAGGAAAUUGUGGUAGUCACCCACGGCGCCUUUUUGCAUUUCCUGACAGAAGACUGGGAAGAUAGUUAUGCACAUGAAGGAACCGGGUGGACCAAUGCUGAGUACCGUACGUAUAUGCUUGAGCCGAAAGGGAACAGCGGUGCUAUGAGUGAUGCCUCUUUCUUUGAAACCGUGCAGUCGCGCCGUCGACGAGGUAAAACGGACCCCGUGCCGGUUGCGGAGCAGGUCGCGUUGUACAGUAGGGCUCUGCAGGAAUGGGACGACAGGAUUAUCUACUGA